AUGACACUGUCGAGGACAGAAAUAUCCAGAACCCCCUCAAGGCAGACACGCUUAAUACCCGCCGAAAUUAUUCUCAAAUCACUCUCCACCCCGAAUCGCAAAGCCAAACUUAAACGCAAGCGGGCUACCGGACGAUCUGGGAUGCCAGUGGCGGCCGAACCACCAUGCUCCUCCGAGUCCCCUCCACCACGUCGAUUGUCCAUGCUCGAAGCCCUACCGGUUGAACUCAUUGAAAAGAUCUUUUUGGCCUCACCCGAUGUCAACAUCAACCUUCCACGUGCAUCCCCGGUCCUAGCUGCAGCACUCUCAAGCGAACGAGUCUACCGCCUCCUCAUCCUCUACGCCUUCUGGGAAGACCCCACCACCGACCAAACGGACUAUCCACAAGACCACCCUGGCUCUUCAUACAGAGGCAGCCCCACCAUUAGGAAUGCCUUCAAACCCUUGGAUUAUGUCAAGCUUAAUUGGUCCCAGCGCGAAAACCUGCAACGUCUCGUCUUCUCCUGCAUAUGGUGUACCAUGGAUCGCAUAUUAAACCAGGUCCCAACCCUGAUUAACCUGACUAUUCAACGCCAGUGGCUCGAUGAGGGUGUCAAGAUGGACCCCGUCGAGCGGGAGGAACUACAGCGCUUCAUGGACCGCAAGCAAGAUUCCAAACUCGAGUUCAACGGCUCCGGACCCACCACCACCCAAAUCCUCGAGCGCACCGGCAUGUCCUAUUCGCUCUUCACGCAAGCCUACAAUCACCACCCGAACAUGCCCAAGAACAGCUACAAGCUCCUCAUAACCCCCAUGGCCGAUGUCGAGAUCACCCAUACCCGAUCCGGCAUAGUCUUGAACUGGCCCGCGCUCAACGUGUGCUACUUCCCAAAGAAAUUGCUCCGCGGCAGCAAAACAGGCUUUACGCCCAAAGACGUCGCCUUCCUCGAGAUGCUGCGCAUAUCGUCUGCGAACUUCAAACGCUCGAACACAAAGUGCGCUCCUUGCACCCUGACAAACAUGGACCGGAGCACUCUGAUGGAGGGCGUGACAAAAGCCAUCCAGACGCAAAAUUACAAUGCCAUGAUCUCGCUGCUCAAAUUAGACGAGUUCAUCUUUCGCUGGAAAUACGCCAAUAACGGCGAACCGGUCUUCUACACGAUUCCCUCAAAGCAUUUCGAGCAUGUCACCCGCGUGGGUCGGGACAAGCCCCAUUUGAACCAGGCGUUCUUCGAGGCCUUGGUUCGUACGAGCGCGGAAUCUGUGCCAUCAGAUUCCGCUGACAUCACCCAGUGGAUCAUAGAUAAUGUCGAACGUUUUCAGCGCGAUCCUAACGCUUACAAUAGGCGAGCUGCGCUUUUCUCAAAAUGGCUGUCGGACUUCACGUUGAAAGCUCCGGUUUUCAAUCAGUUUGACCCCUUUGAUGACCUUGAAGACCAGUUGUUUUUCUGUGGAGAAUUGAUGUUUGACCAUUACGAGGCCAAUUACUUUGCAGAGGUGGUACUUGCGCCGCACCGGAACUCAUUUGGGAAUUGGCAUGAGGAAACCACCUUUCGUACUACGGAUCGCUGGGUAGUAUGA